CACGAGCCAUUUUCGGGCAAUCAUCACCGAGAUAAGCGCUCAAAGAUUUGUGCCAUUCGCCCGCAGUUCCCCAAACCUUUCACCUAUGACAUAGUCUGCCCUCACUCAGCACUCAUUCAUCAUGUCGGAAUACUGGAAAUCAACACCGAAAUACUGGUGCAAGCAUUGCAGCACCUAUGUCAAAGAUACUCCAUUUGAACGCAAACAACAUGAGGGAACCGCCAAGCAUCAAAAUAACCUGAAGCGAUUUCUCCGCGAUAUUCAAAACAGCCAUGAGAGAGGCGAACGGGAAAAGGAGCGGGCGAAGUCAGAAGUCGAGAGACUGAAGGGGGUCGCUGGCGGUGACACAAACAGACCCUCGAGCCCUUCACAUCCAUCUUCCACGCAGAGCGCUCAUACUGCAUCGAAACCUCCCACAGGCCCUCAGUCCACAGCAGAUCGGAAGAGACAAUGGGCGCAGCUGGCCGAGAUGGGGAUCCAAGUUCCUGAAGAAUUCCGCUCUGAGAUGGCCAUGGCGGGUGACUGGCAGGUGAUGUCAAAACAAACGAUUGAUGAGACACCAUCAGAAGCGCCUCUAAGUAUAGGCGUCAAAAAGCGCAAAUAUGAAGGUCAGGAUGAAGAUGAAGAGGAAAAGAAAGAAGCUGGCGAGGCAGUCGUGCGACGCGGAUGGGGCGCUGCCACCAAAAGAUAUCCUGGCCAAGACAAAGCCGAUCUAGACGAACUCUUGUCGGCUUCGAUCUCGGUGAAGAAAGAAAAGUCUGGAUCCCUGGGUUUGCAAUUUAAAAAGGAAGUGAAGGACUCUCCGCAACAGGGAUACAACCUUGAGCUCAGUCAAGAUGGGUGUCAAGGUGGAGAUCCUGCCUCACUCAAGGUGGAAUCUCCUUCCAACAACCGCUCAGGCGAAGAUGAUCCUGUCUUGAAGAAAGAGGAGCCAGGUUCAUCACAACCGCCUAGGUCUAUGGACCAAAUCCCUGAGGAGAUCCCGAUUCCUGUGUUCAAGAAACGUAAGGCGAAAAUAUCCUGAAACCCCCAUAAACUGAUGGUUCCCGCUGGUAUGGUGGAAUCUAGGCCGGCAGAGGCGAACCGGAGUCCCAGAUAAGCGAGAUCAUGAUCAAGCCAACCUUUGAUUGUCGACUGAUUACGUUCAGUUUUGGCCCAAACUCUGAUGCAAAGUUUGCGGAACCAUUGGCCCCCCUUGGGAAUUAAUUGACCAAGUUGUUGCACGAACUUCUCAAGUGGCGUAACCACGUGGGAUUACAGUGACACAAUACGACGACACUGAUGAUAUGACAGCAGUGACAGGAUCAUCCUCGUCUCGUAGGUGUUGCGGCCCCAGAGCCAGCCAAGCGAAGGUACAGUAGGUAUGUCCCGCAGUCGGACAGUCCAAGGAAUCCAAACCCAAAUUUGAACAGGCGAGCAUGAGUCGGCAUUUUCUCGUCUGGAGGGAGGGGACCAGCAAGAGAACCACGGCAAUUUAUGCAAUAACUAGUACAACAUCAGCAAGACGCCAAACAUAAAGGUCUGCAUUCCAAGAGUCUAUCGGGGAUGCCGAAAGGCAUACUCUGCAUAGGGCACUUCUUCUAACUGACUGUUUCGGCCACUCUACAUCCACAGAGCCCUUGCUCGUUAGGCGAGGUUUACGUAGACUCUGAUAAAUCAACGUCGUCAUCA